CCCACUACUUGAGAAUGAGAUCCAAGUCACAGGAGGUCAGAUUAGGCUGCUUGUGAAAUCUGAGUACUGUAUUUCGACACGUUGGCUUUUACCUCACACAAAACUUUGAGUGAGUACAUCGUUGUUGUGGAGGUGCAAUCAUCGAGCUAGAUGAACACACCCAAGUAGCUUCCAUGGCUACGCUAAACUUGUGCUCAAGUAUCACGGCUGCUCAUCAGCUGCCUUUGCUGCUAGUAGUCAUCUUCUACUUCUUGGUCCUCUCACCGCACGUCCCUCGUGCCACGUCUCUCUCCUUCAGCUACGACGCCUUCAACCCCGAUGACUUCAGGCCGGAGGACGACGCGAGGGUCACCGCCGGCAGGAUCGAGCUGCUCGGCGACGAGUUUGCAGGGCGUGCCAGGGGCCGCGCGUGGCACAAGCAGCCGGCACAGCUCUGGGACGGCACCACUGGCGAGGCUGCCAGCUUCACCGCGAGCUUCAACUUCAGCAUUCAGUCAGUGCCUGGCAAGAGCACUGCCGACGCCGGUCACGGCAUGACGUUCUUCCUCGCGCCGUACAUGCCGGACCUGCCGCAGGAGUCUUACGAUGGCUGCCUUGGCCUCUUCGAUGAGAGCCAGGCGCCAAACUACAGGACGGUCAACGCGUCCGGCGGCGCGAGGUUCGUCGCGGUGGAGUUCGACAUCCACAUGGAUGUCUGGGACCCGAGCAGCCGGCACAUCGGCGUCGACGUGAACAGCGUCGACUCGCACGGCGACUACACGAUCUUGCCUGACGGCAGCCUCGUGGACGCUGGCGAGAUGUCCGCAACGGUCGUCUACGACAACGGCACGAGAAGGCUGGACGUCGCCCUGGUCGUCGGGAGCGCCACUUACAGCACCGCAGCCACCGUGGACUUGCGAAGCUUUCUGCCGGAGCAGGUAGUUAUCGGCUUCUCGGCAGCGACAGGAGACGAGUACCCCGGCAACCACACCGUGCUCUCGUUCUCCUUCCACUCGACGUUGCCGACCAAGAACAGCACAUCCCUCCCUGCGACCUCGUCCACCAAGAAUAUCACCCUACAGCUAAGCGCCGGGGUGGCCGCCGCUGCUGUGCUGGUUCUCCUGCUUGUCGCCGCUGUCGCGGUGUUACUAGUUCGGCGCUCAAGCAGAAGGAGCAAGCAACCAUACGACGAAGAGAAGCUGACCACGGACGGCGAUGACUCCCUCGACGCCGUCGACGACGAGGACUUCGAGUCCGGCACGGGGCCCCGACCCAUCCCGUACGCCCAACUCGCGGCGGCGACAAGCGACUUCGCGGAGGAGGGGAAGCUGGGGCAGGGCGGGUCUGGGUCGGUGUACCGGGGCCACCUGAAGGAGCAAGGCCGCGACGUCGCCAUCAAGGUGUUCUUCAGGGGAGCGUCCAUGGAGGGGAGGAAGGAGUACCGGUCCGAGGUCACUGUUAUCAGCCGGCUACGGCACCGGAACCUCGUGCAGCUCAUCGGCUGGUGCCAUGGCCGGAGACGGCUGCUGCUGGUCUACGAGCUCGUGAGAAAUGGCAGCCUUGAUGGCCACCUCUACAGCAAGGAGGUGACGCUAACUUGGCCGAUGAGAUACCAGAUCGUUCUUGGAUUGUCCUCCGCCGUGCUGUACCUCCACCAAGAAUGGGACCAGUGCGUCGUCCAUGGCGACAUCAAGCCGAGCAACAUCAUGCUGGACGAGUCCUUCGACGCCAAGCUAGGCGACUUCGGCCUCGCGCGGCUCAUUGAUCACGGCAUGAGCCUGCAGACGAUGACCGCCGUCGCUGGCACGCCGGGCUACCUCGACCCAGAGUGCGUCAUUACCGGCAAGGCCUCCCCCGAGUCCGACAUGUACAGUUUCGGUGUCGUGCUGCUGGAGAUCGCCUGCGGGAGGCGGCCCAUGGCGCCGCCCAGCGCCGGUGAGGGGAAGGACGGUCAGGUGUUCCGUCUGGUGGAGUGGGCGUGGGACAAGCACGGCCGGGGCGAGGUGCUCGAUGCCGCCGACGAGCGGCUCGGCGGAGAGUUCGACCGGUGGGAGAUGGAGCGCGUGGUCGCCGUCGGGCUCUGGUGCGCGCACCCCGACCCCAAGAUGCGGCCGGGGAUCCGGCAGGCCGCCGAGGCGCUGCGGUCGAGGAAGUUCAGGAUGCCGCUGCUGCCGCCCAAGAUGCCGGUCGCCGUGUACCUGGAGCCAUUCGGUGCAUCCACCAUGCAGUUCGCCGACACCACCACCUCUGCCGGGUCUUCAGCUGCCAUGCCGUACACAUCGACGACAAGCCGCGCGACGGCGACGGGCUCGUCCAAUUCCAGCUCGCCGCCGGCGCUCACUGAACACGUAAGCCCAAGAGUGGGUAGUUGAUUGAAUGAAAAUAUAUGCACGUAACUACGCAAGUCAUUUCAAUAUUUAUAUCUUUUGAAGAACUCAUCAGGAGACCGAUGAAAUCAUUGCUUGAGAACUCCAACUGCUCUGCUUGUUUAACAAUUUCAAGUGUAAGUAGGGGUCCAGAUGUGUUUUGGAUACCUCCUCACUUCGGUUUCUGAAUUAAUUUUGAGUUUUUUUUUGCGUGAAUUUACUACCCUGCCUUUCAUCUUUGUUUCCCGUAUUACUCUUAUACGAAUUUGUUUAUAUUUAUAUACUUUUAAAUAAUACGUUAUUUUAUAAAUAACUA